AUGGGUUUCGAAUCUAACAAUAUUGCCCAUGUCUCAGACGAUUUAGUCUCUGCUCUGCUCCAUAGCGGUCCUGAAAUUACUUCUGACGAUACACUGGUCCGGAGGCCUGACCAGGAUGAAGUUAGACAGCUGCGCACGAUGGCCGUUCCCGGCGUAGCCAGACAGAUUGGAGAGGUGUUGCAAGAUACCAACAAAAUUCUGUCUUACAGACUCGCAACAGCGCAUCCAAAGUUCUUUUCCUGCAUCCCGUCCCCGGUGUCUCGUUUAUCAUGGUUGGGUGAUUGUGUUGCCACCGCUCAUAACCCUUUCGGUGGUAGCUGGGAAGCAGGACCGGGGGUGUGUACUAUUGAGAGCAGCCUGAUUGGAUGGAUAGCAGAGCAGUUUGGUCUGCCAUCGUCCGCCGGUGGACAAUUCGUCUCGGGAGCUUCCAUGGCCAACCUGACCGCCGUCAUCGUGGCCCGAGACCAGAAGCUGAAAAUCGAACAACGCGUGAACGGUGUUGCCUACAUCUCCGAGGAAGCCCAUUUCUGCAUUGGGAAGGUCCUGCGAAUUGUUGGCAUCUCAGACAUCCAGAUCCGCGUGAUAAAGACCGAUGACAAAUUUCAAUUGGAUACGGUCAAACUACAACACCAAAUCAAUGAAGAUAUCACCCAGGGUCGGCAGCCCUUUCUGAUCGUGGCGAGUUGCGGGACUACAAACACUAGAAGCAUUGAUCCACUCAGGGAGCUUAGGCAAAUUGCAGACACAUACGAUAUGUGGUUGCACGUCGACGCCGCUUACGGUGGUUCGGUCGCCUUUUCCAAGACACACCGAUCCAAGAUUCAGGACAUUGGAUUAGCCCAGAGUAUUGCUUGGGACGCACACAAGUGGUUGUUUCAAACUCAUGGCUGCGGAGCCGUGUUUUUUCGUGAACAAGCUCAUCCGCUUGAAAGCUUUUCUGGCUCUGGUGGUUACGUACAGGAUGUUGAGUGUGCACAGAAACCUUCCGAUCCUUGGAACUAUGGAAUCGAACUAACUCGACCGGCACGGCAUAUGAGGCUCUGGUUUACUCUGCAAGUUCUCGGACUUGAGAAGAUUGACCAAAUGAUCAGCUGGGGCUUUGAUCUGUCACAUCAUUUGGAAUCCAAACUUCGUCGAAUACCUGACUGGGAGAUUAUUUCACCAAGCUCUCUGGCUAUAUUGACGUUCCGAUACGCUCCUGCGGCAAUGCAACCUGACAACAAUCAGUAUAACAAUUACAACACAUUGAUUUCAAAGAAGAUAGCCUCCGAAAAUAAGGCUGUUAUUUUCACAACGCGAUUGCAAAAUCAGGUCUGUUUGCGAAUGUGCACGAUCAAUCCAAAAACGACGGAGGACAUUGAGGAAGUGGUUCAAGCCCUUGAUCGUAUUGCUAGAGAGAUUCUGGGAGAAAGCCAAGCCGCCAGAUUCCGUUCGCGGCUUUGA